AUGUCCCCAACCAAAGAAAAGUCAGCUAUGCCUAUGGAUAAAACACAUUCUGUAAGUAUAAUUUAAUAUUAUCAUGUAAGAAAUUUCGCCACAAAUAAUGUUAAAACUUUGCACAAUUUAAAACAAUAUAGCAUGAUGGAAGUACUACCACAGAAGGGAGUCCGUCCAUAAUGCGUUUCGUAUAGCAAGAUGUUGAGGUGAAACCACGAAAAGGAAAGGUAAGUAUAUGGAUUGUAUUUACAUAAUUGCAAGCUUUUUUUCUUGUGUAUAAUGAACUCUUUUCACUGAUAGGGAAAACCGCGGGAAUUUGAUUCAUGGGACGAAGAGGAGUUUUGUCCAGGCAGUUCAGUAAUUGCCACAACUCAUGGUUCAUUUUGGAAGAAAGUAAGUCGGCUGUUGCGGUAUAUGGACUUCGCAAUAUUACUUAUUGGGCGUUAUGAACUAGUGUACAACAGCAUAUAAUUUAUUACCUAUAUACUAAUCUGAGCAAAUGUAUGUCAAUUUCGAAUUCAUAAUAUUCAACACUAAUAGACCAUAAUACUUCUUCAAUAGGUUUCUGAACCACAAAAGGGGAAAAGCCGGAAAACGUCGUUAAGCCGGUAAAUAAUAUACACUGUAUUAUAUACGAGCAGUAUUGCUUGUACUAGUUUGAAUUUUAUAUCAUGUGGCGAACAACAAUCGGCUGAAAAUCCUUCAAUGGGAAACUAUUACAGUAUAGUAACAUUCUGUACCGCGCCAUAUGAAGAACAUUUAACAAUUACUCCCCGAUAAUCAGGGAGCAUGUGGCAAAUAAUUGUUUCAGUAUUUUUGCUAUUCUUUUAUGCUCAUUCUAUUAUAAUAAAUCUGUUAUAAUAAAAGCUUUAAGCCUUAUUUCUUCUUAAUAAAAUAUAUCAGAAUACCAAUAUGCCUUCUCCUUCAUAUAGUAGAAAGCUUAGCCUGAAGUCGUCAGCGGAAGAUCAAGGUAACUUGAGAGAAAUAAGUCCAUAACAUUAUUGUCUAGUCUUCUUUUAACGCAUGUGAAAAUGUUUGCUGCUGUAAAGUUUGACUCUGCAUCACAAAAUAAUGAAAGUAUUUGCCAUUAGAUUACUAGUUGUCUCAUUUACAUGAAGGAACUAUUAUGCUUACCUUUCUCUCGGAUGAGGGUCGGAAAAUUUAACUAACACUUUUUUGUAUAUUUUAUAUACCCAAAUGUCAAUUUGAGACGGAUUUAAGUCGACAUCUAAGUGCGAUUUUCCCAAUUAAUUAAAAUACAAGCAAAGACUAAAGUAUAUGCAAACCUAAAUGACUCCAAAAAUUUUAUUGGUUGGUUUAGAAUAUCUGACGACAGAAUCCAGUGAAGACGAAAGGAACAUAGAGGUAUACAGUUGCAUUUAAUCAUAUAACCGCCUAACAGUAAGUUGUGGAAAUGAAUUAGAAAAUCACUGAAAGACCAUAAAAACGAGACUGUUAUGUGUUAAACGGCAAAACUGCGCGUUGUUAGAUUCUGGAAACACUCACAUGCACCCAUAUUAAACAAAUACAGUUUGGACUCUUACGAGUUUACCAAUUCAAAUAAUCUCUUCGAGUACUUAUGGUUUGAAUAAAGUUCAUCUUGAUAGUUAUUCAAACACUUUUUCGUUUAUUUAAUAGGACGCUGUCAAUCGCAGUCGAAUUACCAGGCAUCAGGAAACAAAAGCGAAUAUAGGAGAAUCCAGUUCAUCACAGGUUAUUAAUCACUCCUCACUUAACCUAGUAGAUGACACAUGA